AUAAAGCCAUCCAUCCAAAGUCAAAGUGGUCGUCGUCCGAGCUGGAUUGAUCAGAGGGUCAAAAUUCAGACACGCAAAUUUAGCAUCAAAGCCAACGAAAUUGAAGAUGAACCGGAACCAUUGAGCAUGGCUUGGCCCGAUACUGCCCGCAAACGGCUCACCUAUAUUUUGGUGGCGCCACUGCUAAUACCCAUGUGGCUGACAUUGCCCGAUACGCGUACACCGCGCGGCAAGAAAUAUUACCCGGUCACGUUCAUCGGCUCGAUAGUAUGGAUAGCUGCCUUCUCGUAUCUGAUGGUGUGGUGGGCGAAUGUUGCCGGCGAUACGGCACGUAUACCGCCCGAGGUAAUGGGUUUGACCUUCCUCGCCGCUGGCACAUCAAUACCCGAUUUGAUAACAUCGGUGAUUGUAGCGCGUAAGGGAUUCGGUGAUAUGGCGGUUUCCAGCUCAGUGGGUAGCAAUAUUUUCGACGUCACUGUGGGUUUACCCAUACCAUGGUUAAUAUACGGCAUCAUCUAUGAUGCACCCGUCGAGGUUAACUCCGUGGGCAUGGUCUGUUCAAUAACUAUACUCUUCAUGAUGUUGAUCUUUGUCGUAAUGUCGAUUGCCUGCUUCCGUUGGAAAAUGAAUAGAGGACUUGGCUUUACAAUGUUUUUGUUGUAUUUCGUUUUUGUUGCUGUUUCAUUAAUGUUCGAAUAUGAUACACUCCAAUGUCCAGUGUAAAGUGUGGCAAGUAAUUAAUGAUAUAGAAAAAAAAAAUAAUAAUAAUUGCAAAAAAAAAAGAAAUAAGAAAAGACAGUAAAUUAAUUAUAGUAAAAUAAUAAAUUAUAAAUAAUAAAUAUAUAUAUACAUAUAUAUAUUAUGUAUAAUUAUAAAUGAAACUUAGUGAAAGUUAGGUGAUUGAUAUAGUUUUAAGAGUAUAAAAUGAAUUACAUAUAUAUAAUUUAAAAAGUAAAAAAAAUGUUAAUAUAAUGUAAACUUCAAAUAGUGAAAUGAAUAAAUAGUUAAACCGAAAUGUAUAUUUUAAGUAAAAUUAAAAGAAAAUAAAUGAAAAAUCGAAAGAACAGGCCGGGCAAUCAAAGAUUGUUGCCAAUCAGCUUACAUAUAGUAAUUAAAAAAAAUGAAGAAAUGUAUACAUAUAUAUAUAUAUAUAAACAUACAUCCAACGGCAUAAAGUAGUACAUUAAGCGUUACUUCAGUACUAAUAUUAAUAUAAUAAAUCCAGAAAAAAAAUUAAAAAAAUAAACAAUUAUAAUUCUUAAAUACUUUCACAAGUUAUAACUAAAUACAUACCUAUGUACUUAUAUAUAUAUAUAUAUAAAGAUAUACAUAUACGUGUGUAUUGUAUAAUAAUGCAAUUGUUAAAUUUCGUCUUUUUUCACGCGCUCCUCUAUAUACUCCUCAAAUAUCAUAUUGUAAGGAAUGUUUAUUGAAUUUUAUAGGCAAAUUGUUAGAUAAAAAGAAAAUUUAUUAUUUAAUUAUAUAUAUAUAUGCUGUAUUUAUGCAUAUGAAACCGUACACUGCUGUAUAUAUUUAACAGUAAU